CACGCCUACGUGAAAGUUGUUUUUUGUCUAAUUACGUGAUUUUGACUAAGUGUGGCCUGUGACAAUUAUUUAUAUCAUGGUGCGGCGUUGUGAAGUAUGCAAUGCAUAUGAUAGGCGAAAAAAAGGAAUAUCAUUUCACGCAUUCACGAAGAACAAUGAUCUCAUUAAGGAAUGGUUCAGUUUAUUGAAUUUUAAAGAAGAUAAAAAACUGACAAAAACCUCUCGAAUAUGCUCGCAACAUUUCCGACAGAGUGAUUUUGAAAUCAAACCAUCUGGUUUAAAGUACUUAAAAAGCGACGCUAAACCAAUGCCUUAUAACUCAAAUUUAUCACCUACACAAAAUUUGAGCUCUAGUAGCAGUGGUUCGUGUCAGCAACCUCCUUGUCAGCAACCAUUAAAGCGCAAACGUACUACAGGUAGCUCUACAAAAACGAAUACUCCUCCUAAACUCCGAGAUAACGUAUCUCAUAAAACUGUACAUAAGUCAUCUUCAGGGACCUUAACAGCAUCUGAAUUUGAACAGAAAUCAGCUAUCGGACAAACAACACCUCCUGGGCAAAGAGAUAUUUUCUGUGCUGGACCAUCUACUGCAUAUCCAAAUGUAAACAAAGAUGGAAGCAGCAAAAAACGUUAUGUAGGAGAUAUUGCUAGCGAUGAGUUUUCCACACCAAAGAAAGCAAAGAAACAUGCGCGAAUGCUGAAGGGUGCUGUUGUAAAGUAUAGGAGAAGAGUUGUUACACUUAAUCAGAAAAUUCGAAGGUUGAGAUCUAGAGUUACGAAUUUACAGUCACUCCUAACACUAUUGAAGAAAAAAGAAUACAUUUCGGAAAAUUCGAAGCACAUUAUUCGAGCUUCCUUAUCAAACUCUGGUCAAGAACUAUUGGGAAGGGUGUUGCUUGGACCAAAGAAACAAAAGUACACCCCUGCUUUACGAGAAUUUGCUCUUACACUAAAUUUUUACUCUGCUAGAGCCUACAAUUAUGUUCGAGAUGUGCUUAAUAAAACAUUACCACACCCCAGAACAUUGUCAAAAUGGUAUUGUUCUGUAAACGGCGAACCAGGAUUUACCAAAGAAGCACUUGCAGCCAUAAAACUAAAAUGUGACGAUGCAACUGCUAAAGGUGUGCAAAUUUUAGGCAAUUUGGUUAUGGACGAAAUGUCUAUUAGAAAGCAAGUGGAAUGGACUGGCACAAAAUUUACCGGAUACGUCACUGUAGGCUGCGAUUUGAAUUCCGACAGUUUGCCAGAAGCCAAAGAAGUACUUGUUUUUAUGCGGUGGCACUUAAUGCGUAUUGGAAAAUUCCGGUAGGCUAUUUUCUGUUAGAUGGUUUAUCGUCAAUAGAAAGAGCAACACUGUUAAAAAACUGUUUGCAGUUUCUAGACAGUAGUGGUGUGAAUAUUACUUCAGUCACCUUUGAUGGAGCACCUGUAAAUAUUUCCAUGGUUGAAGUGUUAGGCGCAAACCUACGUAAUGUAAAUAAUUUAAAACCUUAUUUUUUGCAUCCAGUAACAAAUUGUGAAGUGUACAUAUUUCUAGACGCUUGUCAUAUGCUCAAACUUGUAAGAAAUUGUUGGGGAAGUUUUGGUAAUCUUGAAGAUUUUGAAGGCAAUAACAUUGAAUGGAGUUACAUUACACGUUUGGUCAACAUGCAAAACCUUGAAGGAUUACAUGCAGCAACAAAAGUAAAAAACAGACAUUUAGAUUGGACAAAAGAAAAGAUGAGGGUUAAAAUUGCUGCGCAAACGUUAAGCAAGAG